AUGACUCACAUUCUCAUUCUCACUGGGGUUUUACUUCAUAUCUCAGAUACCGCUUGGAUUAAUAAUCUGAAUAUAGCAGUGAAAUCUGGAUCACCAGGCGUUAUUCCAUGUCAAUAUGAAGAAAUAUAUAUAGAAAACCGCAAAUACUGGUGUCAGGGGUCAGUUUGGAGCUUUUGCAGUAUAUUAGCAUAUGCAAAUGAAACAGGAACAAAGUUUUCCAUCACUGAUUAUUCAGCGCAGAGUGUCUUUACAGUGGAAUGGAAGAAUCUGCAGCCAUCAGAUUCUGGAUAUUACUGGUGCGCUGUGGAGAUCGCUGGCUCUGUAGAUGCUGGUUAUUAUGUGUAUCUGAAAAUACAAUCAGCUCAUGGUGUGUUUGUGAAGAGCAGCAGUGUAUCUGGACAUGAAGGUGAUGAUGUCAUCGUCCAGUGUUUCUACAGUGAUAUAUACAGGAAUGCGCUGAAACAGUGGUGCAGAGUUAAAGAUAAGAACUGUUACGCAGUGGAGAGAUCUGAUACAUCCCAGAAUUCAUCAGUGCAGAUCCGUGAUGAUGGUGAAAGCUCCUUGACUGUGCUGGUGACUGUAUUGAAACUCUCCGAUUCUGGAUGGUAUUUCUGCUCUGUUGGAGAUCUGCAAGUUCCUGUUCAGCUCACUGUCACUAAACCUGAACCCAAAGCAGCUUUGACUACUUAUUCAAGACUUGAAGCACACGUUUCCAGAGAUUUAGAGACUAACACUGGAAAAAACAACAAGGAUGAACAAAACAAGUAUGAUGUGAUUCUGCUCCUGUGGAUUGUAGCAACACUUAUACUUUUACUGCAUGUUGCUCUUUUUGCCAUAGUAAUCUGCAUGAUGAGAAAGAAUCCAGACCCAUAUGCCAUGUAUACUGCCUAA